UUGCUGUUGCUAUAUUUACCUGGCAGGGGAGACGGCGAUCGCGGUGGUGGUUUUCCCAGGAUUCUGGCCAAGAGCCCACGGUCUGUGCCUUGGGCUGGAGGGAUUCGCUAUAAAUUUACAAAGUCACGAAUUCCCCCUGAGGUGUUUCAACCAAAGCCUUCAGAUCAUGAAAAAUAUGGAGGUGAUCCUCAGCAGCCUCACAAAUUGCAUCUUAUAACUAGAAUCAGAAGUGUAAUAGGUCGGCCUUACUGGGAAAAGAAGAUAAUACAGGAUUUUGGAUUGGUUCAAGCACAUCAGCCCAAAGUUCACAAAAAUAUUCCCUCUGUGAAUUUGAAACUCAGAGUCAUUAAACAUCUGAUAAGAGUGCAGCCACUGAAGUUACCGUAUGGGCUUCCAACAGAGGAUGAAAUGGGAGACACCUAUCUCAACAGCAAAGGAGAGCUAAUAAUUCGGCAGCGUCUGAAGCCAGUGGAGCAAAAAGCAAUUGAGUCAUAAUAUACACUGACUAGUCUCAUUUUGAUCAAAUAAAUUAUUUAAUAUGUA